CCCCCCCCCACCCGCACCUUCGUGCCUCGGCCGCCGGGCGCCGCUUCCCCGCGGGGACCCCGAGGCUCGUCCGGGGUUAGUCGGGAGCGGGGGGCCGGGUGGGGCAGUGAGCACGCCGCGGGGAGCAGCCUUCGCGCCCCAGCCCUGUUGCUCGGGGCCGGGCGGCCGGAAGCCCAACUCCUUCCUGGGGCUGGGGGUGAGGGGGGCUCCCCCCGAGGGCUUCGGAGCUGCAGGGACGACCCUCCCCCUGCUCCCCUCCCCCCGCGAUCCCCGCAGAGAUCCGGGUCCACCCGGGCCGGGCUCGCCCGCCGGGACUUGGCUGUGUUUGGGGUGUGUGGGGUCGGGUGGGCGCAGCGGGGAAGCCCGUCCCGCCGGUUUGUUUAUUCACGCCGUUGGCAACGCGGCCGGCUACGUUGAGAAUUAUUUCUUCCUUUUUUAAAAUUUCAAUCCUCGUCCGUGAGUGAAGCUGUUCUCCGUGGAGAUAAAAAUAAUUCUGUCGGCAUGUGAGCAUGUUUUUAGAAAGAGAACAUUCCGAAGAGAAAAACUACGGAGUUUUUUUUUUUUUUUUAAUAUAUAUAUAUACCCCCCUCUGUAUGCCUACACCACUGGGGGAAAAAAGACUAGAACUAAAUCUCCAAAAUAGUUUUUCAAGGCAACGAAAAUCAGCAUUUUUUUUUAAAUUCAAAAAUACAGAUAUUUCUCUGCAGCCCUGUCCUCCUCCUCCUCCCCCUCCUCCUCCUCCUCAUAUUCCUAGUACAUACGGUAAAAUGAUACAAUGAAAUGCGGUAACUGGAAAAUCAUGUUCUGGGUAGCAGAUGAAGUACAUUAUUCAGAGCCAUAUUGUGGGUGAGAUAAAAUUCUCCCCUUUUGUAUUUGUUCGCAGUGGCGGAGGCACCGAGAAAUGAUCUUUAACCAUUUAGCAUUUGUUGCUGAUUUGUUUUUGUUUGGGGGGCCACGCCCAGCGGUGCUCGGGAUUGACUCCGGGCUCUGCUCCCUGGCCUCCAUUUAGCACUUGUCUGUUUCCGUAAUUGACCAGAGAGUGAAGAGGAUAAAAAAGUGAAAUUCACUGCGUGUGUAAUUUGGGGAGUCCCUUUAGUGUUCGCUUCUGUGUGCCUAGUGUAAAAACAGAUUGGGGGAUGGUGUCUAUGAUACCUUCAUGAUGAUAGAUGAAACCAAAUGCCCACCUUGUUCAAAUGUUCUCUGCAACCCUUUUGAAGCACCUCUACCCAGAAGACUAAAUAUCACUACUGAACAGUUAACACGUGAUCAUACUCAGCGCUUUCUUAAUGGAGGUGAGAUGAAGGUGGAACAGCUGUUUCAAGAGUUUGACAACACAAGAUCUGAAACCUUUCAGUCAGAGGGUAAAAAUGACUCUGAAAAAUGUUCUCCUACUAAAAGUUCAGAUAGUCUGAAUACAGUAAAAUCCAGCAGUUCAUCCAAAACAUCCAAAGUAGUGCCUCUGACUCCAGAACAAGCACUGAAGCAAUACAAACACCUCCUCACUGCUUAUGAGAAGCUUGAAAUCAUCAAUUAUCCAGAAAUUUACUUUGUGGGUCCAAAUGCCAAAAAAAGACACGGAGUUAUUGGUGGUCCCAAUAAUGCAGGGUAUGAUGAUGCAGAUGGGGCUUAUAUUCAUGUACCUCGAGACCAUCUAGCUUAUCGAUAUGAGGUGUUGAAAAUUAUUGGCAAGGGGAGUUUUGGGCAGGUAGCCCGGGUCUAUGAUCACAAACUCAGACAAUAUGUGGCCCUGAAGAUGGUGCGCAAUGAAAAACGCUUCCAUCGACAAGCAGCUGAGGAGAUCCGAAUUUUGGAGCAUCUCAAAAAACAGGAUAAAACUGGUAGCAUGAAUGUUAUCCACAUGCUGGAAAGUUUCACAUUUCGGAACCAUGUCUGCAUGGCCUUUGAAUUGUUGAGCAUAGAUCUUUAUGAGCUAAUUAAAAAAAACAAGUUUCAGGGUUUUAGCAUCCAGUUAGUUCGCAAGUUUGCUCAAUCCAUCUUGCAGUCCUUGGAUGCUCUUCAUAAAAAUAAGAUCAUUCACUGCGACCUAAAGCCAGAAAACAUUCUCCUGAAACACCAUGGCCGCAGUGCAACAAAGGUCAUUGACUUUGGGUCUAGCUGUUUUGAGUACCAGAAGCUUUAUACAUAUAUCCAGUCUCGGUUCUACAGAGCUCCAGAGAUCAUCUUAGGAAAUCGCUAUAGCACACCAAUUGACAUUUGGAGUUUUGGCUGCAUCCUUGCCGAACUUUUAACAGGACAGCCUCUUUUCCCUGGAGAGGAUGAAGGAGACCAGUUGGCCUGUAUGAUGGAGCUUCUAGGCAUGCCACCAUCAAAACUUCUGGAGCAAUCCAAACGUGCCAAGUACUUUAUUAACUCCAAGGGCCUACCUCGCUACUGUUCUGUAACUACUCAAGCAGAUGGGAGGGUUGUGCUUAUGGGGAGUCGCUCCCGUCGGGGUAAAAAGCGGGGUCCCCCAGGAAGCAAAGACUGGGUCACAGCACUGAAAGGGUGUGAUGACUAUUUGUUUAUAGAUUUUUUGAAAAGGUGUCUUCAUUGGGACCCCUCUGCCCGCUUGACCCCAGUUCAAGCAUUAAGACACCCUUGGAUCAACAAAUCAGUGCCCAAACCUCUUGCCAUUGAAAAGGCAUCGAGAAAAAGAGUAGUAAAUCCUGCUAAUGCUUUCCAGGGUCUGGGUUCUAGGUUGCCUCCAGUUGUUGGUAUAGCCAGUAAGCUUAAAGCUAACUUAAUAUCUGAAAGCAAUGGCGGGAUACCUCUGUGCAGUGUGUUGCCAAAACUGAUCAGCUGAUGGACAGCAGUAUGUUCAGAGAUGCAUUUGUGUGUAUUUUUAAUUAUCUUGCAAGCCUUCAGGUUUUUGCAAAUGGAAGGAAAAAUAUAAGCCCAUUGGUGGAUAUGUUUUUGUUAUCUUAAACUUCUUUUUUAACUAGGAAACACAUUUUUAUAUGACUGUAAAAGAACUCUUUAAGGGCUAAUUACCUAACCAGCCUAUUUGACCAUCCUGGAACAUAUAUUAAAUACCUUUUUAUAGGUCAUUGUAUCUUUGUUAUUAUUGUCUGAUCUACAAAAGCCCUAUGUAUUCUCUUGGCUUAAACCCAUUCUUCCUCUCAAGGCAGAAAAUAUAUCUUGACCUCUUUUCACUUUUAGCGUCUCAGCAUCUGUUCCGGAGGACUAAUUCAGUGCUUGGCCUUCAUUACAGAUGAGAGCUGAGUUAGUGCUCUUGUCCCAGAUGGUCAUGCUGAGGGCUUCUAGGUGAAAGACUCAGAGCAGAAUAUGGAGUUGAGGAUAUUCCAGCUAUUGGUCACUUGAAAAAAUGGUGUCACUUUUCUUUGACUCAAUUUACUUUCAGUUCUGUGAUACAUAGUGUUUUGUUAUGUUAUUAAAGCUAAUGGCCUCUGA